AGUUUUUGGUCCUCGGGUUUCACUACAUUUGCUUUCUGCUAAGCUCUAACCAAGAUGAAGAACCAAGGAAGCCGCAGGAAGUUGUUUCAAGUGUGCAAGCCUUACGCCGCCAUGAUCUCGCUCCAGUUCGGCUACGCCGGCAUGAACAUACUGACCAAGUUCUCCCUCAACCAAGGCAUGAGCCACUACGUGCUCGUCGUCUACCGCCAUGCCUUCGCCACCCUCUCCAUCGCCCCGUUCGCCCUCAUCCUCGAGAGGAAAGUGCGACCGAGGAUGACAUUUGCAAUUUUCAUGCAAAUAUUCGUGCUGGGGCUCCUUGGGCCGGUUAUUGACCAAAACUUCUAUUAUGCUGGUCUGAAGUUCACCUCGCCAACCUUCUCUUGCGCCAUGAGCAACAUGCUGCCAGCCAUGACCUUUGUGCUGGCUGUUAUCUGCAGGAUGGAGAAGCUGGACCUCAAGAAGGUGAGAUGCCAAGCCAAGGUGGUUGGAACUUUGGUGACAGUGGCUGGGGCCAUGUUGAUGACCCUGUACAAGGGACCUAUCAUGGAGAUGGUGUGGACCAAGCACAUGCAUGAUCAAGCCCACCAAGCCGUUGACGUACCCGUUGCUGCGGACUCGGCCGACAAGGACUGGUUCAAGGGCUGCAUCUUCCUUAUCAUUGCAACUCUGGCUUGGGCUUCUCUCUUCAUCCUCCAGGCUGCAGCCUUGAGAAGAUAUAACGCUCCCCUCUCCCUCACUUCAUUAAUAUGCUUCGUGGGUACCCUACAAGCCAUUGCUGUCACCUUCGUCACGGAGCACAGGCUUUCUGUGUGGCGCAUAGGCUGGGAUAUGAACCUCCUUGCUGCUGCCUAUGCUGGAAUAGUGACAUCCAGCAUUGCCUACUAUGUCCAAGGUCUUGUGAUACAAGACAAAGGGCCUGUCUUUGCCUCUGCCUUCAGCCCUCUUAUGAUGAUCCUAGUGGCCAUAAUGGGCUCCUUCAUCCUUGCUGAGAAGAUCUAUUUGGGAGGAAUAAUUGGCGCAGUCCUCAUUGUUGUUGGCCUCUAUUCGGUUCUCUGGGGCAAGCACAAGGAGAACAAGGAGAAGACGACGGAAUCUGACAUUCCAGUGUCCAUCAAGGGAACUCAAGAAGAUGGGCAGGUCAUGGAGAUCAUAGAACUCGAUGAAGUUGAGCUGGAGAAAGCCAAAUCUGGUAACAAGGUGAUCGACGCUGCCGACGUGGCCAUUAUACCGGUUAAUGCUUCAGUCCCAGCAAAUCACAUGAAGGUCAACAAGGAGGCGAGAUAUCAUGCAAGGUUGAAAGGAAUCACAGAGAGAGAGAGAGAGAGAGAAACAGAGUGAUCGACACUGGCAUUCAACUCAUGGCUGCUUUUCUUUUACUUGUUUGUUUUGUUUUUUCUUCCUUUCAUGAUGUCUGAGCUCUUCAUGUAGCCAAUAAUUUGGAAGUGGGAAGAAAUGCCAGUGCAGAGUUUUAUGUGUCCUCUGAUUCAA